CCCGUCUCCACAAUAAGCCAACAGGCUUAGACAAACUAGCCCUGGGAUUGGUCAAAGGGCAGUAAUGAAAGGUCCCUAUCCCACUGGAAACAUAAACAAGUGCCACCCUUUUAAAGGAAAGGGACACAGAGAGAGAAUGGGAGGAUUGCUCAUUUGAGUGAGCUCAGAAAUUUGGGACAGAGACCGAGGGAGAGAACUGGACAGGGCUUUGAAGAUUCUAGGAGUCCAACCUCAACAAAACCACCCCCCCAAAAAAAGGAACGGCUGGAAUAUGAUCUUCCUCUUCUCCUCUUGGGACCGAAUUAAGGUCAAUGGAAAGGACAUCUGCAGAGCCACCAUGCAGGAGGCACUAGAAAUACUCCACAACACAGACGAACAAAUCACACUGGAGGUCCACAGAGAGAAGCCCUCCUGUAAACCGCCCUGCACAUCUGAUGCAGCAACCCAGACCGACUCCAGUUGGUGGAAUAAGCAGUACCCAAACAGGGAGGAUUUCACCCCAGAAAGCUGUAAUCUCUUCCUUGGCAGGUCCGGCUACAAUUUCUUGCUGCCCCAAGAUUGGGAUGGUGACGAGCCCAGGUACCUGCUGACUGCACCUCAUGAUAUGGAAAACGAAGACGAGUUGGACUACGAGGAACUGGCCCUCAGUCAUCAAAAGGAGAGGAGCUUCAGCAGCUGUUACACCAUCCCUAAUGAUAACUACAGCGUCUGCUUGAGUGUGACAGAAGAAGAAAAGGAAGGAGCGCACACAUUUCUGCUCCCCCAUGACUGGGACAGUGGGGUUGGCUGUACUGAUGGAAGCACCCACCUGGAUGAGAUUUCGGGACCCGAUAUGGAUACUGAACGCCAGUAUGUACUGAAGAGGGAGAGGGCAGAUCAUGGUACUGGAGGGACACUUGCAAAGAAUGAGCUACCUAGAGAUGAUUUCUUAACCUAUGAUGAGUUAAGUGAUUCCAGUUUCUACAGUGUAAGCCCAGAAGAGUACAGGAGAUUUCAAGAAAUCUUGGAAAGAAAAUGCCACCAAUACCAGCUUUUUAAGGCUCUCAAUAGAGACCAGGGAAUACCACUUGCUCUAGGAAAUCAGGAGGAAGGGCCUGAGCAAUCCACCCUGCAAGACCAAUGGCUUGCUACAUGUCCUCCGCUGGAGGGAGUCAGCACCAUGAGCCAAGGGACAAGCCACCGAGUGGGAGUUGGCCCCCAGAAUGCAGUGAACAGAGUCAGACAACAAGCACAUAUGGAUAAAUCAACAGAAGGGCAGAAGGACCCAGAUCCAGUUACCCUUACACCAUCCAAGGCUGCUGCUGAGCCAAAAGCACUUGUGAUUCCGUAUCAUGCGCGCCGUUACGUGAGUUACAUGAAUCUAGUGCAGGAAGACGCCUCAGUAGAGUGCUUAAGUGACGGGCCUAGGUCAUCAAUGCUCUUACAUCAAUGCAGCGAAGCCGUCCAGGGCAAACUAGACGAAGGGACCGGGUGGAGCCUGACAUGCAAAAGGCACAGACGCCCCUUGAGUAAACAGCACAAGAGUCAGCUGCUGAAGAACAGGGCACUGCGGAUCAUGGAGGAACGCAGCGGAAUGACGACAGAUGAUGAUGCCUUGAGCGAGCUGAAGACCGGGAAGUACUGGAACAAAGCUGAGAGGAGGCAGCACCUACUCUUGUCCAGGCAGCAGAAACAAAGAAAGGAGUUCGUGAUGCAAAGCCGGAUGGAGCAGCUGAAGGAAGACAACAGAGCAGGGACGGAGGGCAGAAGAGAUCUCAGUAUCAUUGAGCUGAGUCAGAAGAAGCUGAUGAAGAAGAGAAGCAAAAGAAUCUUGGACAACUGGAUCACCAUCCAGGAGCUUCUAUCUCAUGGGACCAAAUCUCGAGAUGGCAGGAUAACGUACAACCCUUUGUUGUCAGUCACCACUGUGUAACGUUCCAAUGUCCCUUCCCGGAGUGGCAGAGGGCUCAGAAAAUGUGAAAUACAGGUUUGUGAUUGGCUCCACGUGCCCCCAAAGGCCUGCAGAAAGCCAACAAAGCA